CUGUAUCUUACAUGCCUUUCAUGAAGACAAGCUUAGAGCGCUUAAAAGUCAAGGUACCACUACACCACUAAUGUUGAGACAUUUUUAUCAUUUCAUAGGAAGGACAUCCAUAUUACUAACCUGGUCUCCAUGAUGUCAUAAAGGCAAAGCCACAAGAACAUAGGCAGUGGAAUGUAUUGUUUAUGUAUAUAGUGCGAUUAAUCAAAGUUAUGAGCAGAACUCGAUGGAAUAGAAUAAUAAUAGAAUAGAAAAGUAAGAAACUCAAAGUUUAUUUUCAUUUUUUCCUUUUUAUUGGUGGUUUUGGACAUUUCAGAGCUCAAAAUGCCCGCUGCUGUGGAGUGGGAUGAUGUGAAGAAGCUGGACCCAGCGACCCUCCAUGAGCGUUACAAGGAUGAACUGGACAGCUUCAUCGACCUUCUCACCUCGGCAGAAGAGUGGGAGAUGGAGCGGCAAGCUCAGGAGGACGUCGUCCACAUACUGCGAGUGUUUCAGGCCUUGCUCAAGAUGAAACAUCAGGAAGCGACUUUGGCCGAACAGUUAGUUGAAGAGCAAGAGAAAAAUGAAAACACGCUUCUCACCAAGGUGUCCAGACUGGAGGAAGAACUAACGUAUGCCGGCACUGGUCCAGAAAACCGCUUUCUGAGGAAUGAAAUCCGGCAGCUGAAGGGCCAGCUGGGGCGCAAGGAGGAGAUGGUCAACCAGCUGAAGAAAGAAAUAAAAAGAGAGAAGAAGACGUCGGAGAAGCUAUUUUUGCGAGCGGAGUCUGCGGAGGAAGACCUGAAGAUGUUGAAAAGAGAGAACACGCAGCUCCAGCAGGACGUCGACUUUUAUCACGGCGAGUUGGAGCUUAAGGAGUCGGAUGUGUCCAAAGAGGAGACCGCAGAGACUCAGCAGAAGCUCAUCUUGGCCAACCGACAGCUCUCCCAAUGCAUGGACGAACUUCAGCAAGCGGAGGACGAAAUCUUGCGGCUGAAAGCGGACAACCUCCGCAUGCAGAAAUGUGUGAUGGAAUCCACCAAGGAGAUGGAGAAGAUGAGUGAUGAGUACAACCAGAUCAAGAUGGCCGUCCACCAGUGCGACUCUGAGACCGACCAGCUGCGGAAAGAGAGGGAUCGCGCCGAGCUCCAGGUCAGAGAGCUGACGCAGAAGAUUACUGACAUGGCGGAAGAGGACGACCCCAUUUUGGCAGAAGUGGACGCCAAAGUUGAGGAAUGGAAGAAAGUGCUGUCGGAAAAGGAUGAGGAGAUUAUGUUGUACCAGCAGAUGAUCCGUGACCUUCAGCAGAAGUUGCGCCUAGCCCAGCUGGACAUGGACAGAAACAACAGUCUUGCCUUGGAGCAGGCUUUAGAGGAGCGAGAUAAUCAGAUUAAGACGCUGAGGGAGCAAGUGGAGCAGUACACAGACGAAAUGAAGAAGCAGACACUCUUCAUGGAAAGUCUGAAGGUGCCCAAAAAGGGAGGCGGAAGUGCAUUUAUGGACACUCAAGCAAUGGUCCAGGAGAGAAAGACGGAGGAGCUUUUGUCCAAGUGGGACGCUGCCGAGAUGAGAGCAACAGAAGCGGAGGAGGCUUUGAAACAAGCGGAAGAUCACGCAGAGGAAAAAGAUCGGGAGCUCAUCGAGGUCUCCAAGCGCCUGAAAGCGUAUGAGCGUGGCAUUUACGGCCUGGAAGAAGCCAUCAACGAGAUUAAGGAGUGUAAAAUUCAAAUCCAAAGGGGAGAGUUGGAGUUAGAGGCCGUGACCAAAGAGAACAACCAAGUGUACAUAACAAUCAACCAGCUCAUUGAGGAAAAUGAGGACUUCCGGGAAAGACUCGGCUAUGAGCCCAGCCAGCAAAUUGACCUGAGCGAGUUCAGGCGAGCCAGAGGUCUGAAACAACGGCAGUACAAAGCCGAAAAUGAAGUCCUGACGAAAGAGAUUGAACGUCUUGAAGAGGAGCGACUAGCGAUGAAGAAACAAGUUCGACACCUCGCCAAACAAAGAGGGCUGCCACCAUCCAUGUGGGAGGAGGACGAUGACGAUGUCAUCCACACUGUAAAAUGGCUCCCAACUCCGACGCAAAACAUCACCACACCCACGAUCGAAGAGCCGCAACCCAUGUUUGACAUGUUGAAAGAAAAAUUGUGUCCCAAGGUUGAAGUUAGGGAAGAAGCGGUGACCAUGUCAAAGAGGGAGCGAGAACUCAACAGAUCUCAAGUUAGGGAAGAAGCGGUGACCCUGUCAAAGAGGGAGGCAGAAUUCAACAAAUCUCAAGUUAGGGAAGAAGCGGUGACCCUGUCAAAGAGGGAGGCAGAAUUCAACAAAUCUCAAGUUAGGGAAGAAGCGGUGACCCUGUCAAAGAGGGAGGCAGAAUUCAACAAAUCUCAAGUUAGGGAAGAAGCGGUGACCCUGUCAAAGAGGGAGGCAGAAUUCAACAAAUCUCAAGUUAGGGAAGAAGCGGUGACCCUGUCAAAGAGGGAGGCAGAACUCAACAGAUCUCAAGUUAGGGAAGAAGCGGUGACCGUGUCAAAGAGGGAGGCAGAACUCAACAAAUCUCAUGUUAGGGAAGAAGCGGUGACCGUGUCAAAGAGGGAGGCAGAACUCAACAAAUCUCAUGUUAGGGAAGAACCGGUGACCCUGUCAAAGAGGGAGGCAGAACUCAACAAAUCUCAUGUUAGGGAAGAAGCGGUGACCAUGUCAAAGAGGGAGGCAGAACUCUACAAGCGCCAGUUCCAGUUUAAACUGGAGCAGCUCUCCAAAGAGAAAGGUGACCUGGAGGCCGCACUUAAAGACGUCCUCCAGGCCUUGAAGACUAAAGACACCUCGAGUAUCCCCAGUCUGAAAAAGCUGACCAAUCAUAACCUGAAGGUCUUUGCCAGUGACAUGGUGGCGAGCCUCCAAGAGGAGCAUGCGAAAGCCAUUCAGGAGAGGACGAAGGACGAACAGGAGAGCAGGAGGACCAGGAGGAAGCUUGACAAUCAGGAGCAGAGGCUUCAAGAGAUGAAGGAAACCUGCAGAUGUUUGGAAGAGAAACUACAAGGCAAGUCCAGCGAAGAGGCAAACAGCCAUGCUGCCCUGAAGCUGGCACACAAGUCCGUCAAAGAUCUCCAACGUCGACUCAACAAUAAAGAAGACGUGAUUAAAAAGUACCAGAACCAACUGACGCAAGUGGGAAAGGAUCAAGAAGAGAUGAUAAAAACACACGCCGACGAGAUGAAGAUGCUGUAUCAGAAGUUGGACUCCAACAACAACAUGGCCCUGGAUCGUCUCAAACGGCAAGCAGCGGAAGCAAUGAAGAAUCCCAGCAUCGGCGCCUCGACGACCAAACAUCUGGACCGCGUGAGUGAGUUGGAGCAGAUGGUGGCCGAACAGGACGUGUUGCUCGCAUCCGUUAACAGGAAGCUGAAGAUGGCCGCCGCCGAGUCGGAACGACACAAGGCAACCGUGGAAAUACAAGCCAAAAAGCACGCCGAUGAGAUCUCCAGACUGAAGAGGUCUCACGCGGCGGAGUUGGAAGAUGUGAGUUUUGAGACCAAAGACCAAAGGAGCCAAAUUGCAGAUCUGAAGAAGGAGGUGGACUCCCUCCAGAACGAGCUGGAGAGCCAAAAGGAGGCCAACGUUAUGUCCGCGAGCAACACCUUGAAGAACAUGGUGGAAAGCCUCAAGCUGCAACUGGUCCAAAAAGAGAAACAGAUCAAGGCUCUCAGCAAAGUUCUCAUUGGAAUGCGGGCCCAAGUGGCGUCUGCCUCAGAACAACAAGUCUUGGUGAACACAGUGCAGACCGAGGAGAAACUCAACAUACAGAAGUUGGUUGACAAGCACACCAAAGACUUGAAAGCUCAAGUGCAGGAGCUGAGCAGUCAACUAGAAGCGGCAAACGAUUCAUCCAGAAAGAAUGACAGCAAGUUGAAGGUUCAGGUGGACAACCUCAGCAAGAGGCUGCUGAAGAGCCUCAGCGUUCAGAAGGCGCUGCGCACUCAAUUGGAGGAGAAAGAAAAAGAGUUCCGUGUGGUGGAGAAGCAACUCAAGAACCGCGUUGACCCCGCUCAGAGCAAAGAAAAAGUAAUGCAGUGGGAAGAGGCGAAGAAAUGGCGGUCCAGGUUGGAUAAGGUCAAGCGCCUUCUGAAGGAUAAGGAAGAACAAAACUUCUUCCUGACCAGGCAGCUCAUUUCUAUAAAGGACCUCUAUGCCAAGCUGGAGCAAGAGAAGAACGCAACACCGAAGAAGACCAAAGCGAGGGCAGUGACGGCUGAUCGGGGAGGAGAGAAGGAGACUCAGCAGAUCCCAGCCAAGCCACAACAGCCUGUGAAUGCCGAGGAAAAGAACCAGUCCCUGGAGGAGAGACUGCGAUCCUUAGAAGAGCACAUUUCGAACAAGUCUUCGGCGUCACCGCUUGUGCCAAAGAAAGAUGCUGAAGCUCCCUCGCCAAGUGACGGAUACCUCAAGAAAGAGAACCUCAAGCUAGCCUCUGAGAAUCUGGAGCUGCGCCUCCAGCUCGCGCAAGCCAACAUAGACCUGCCGAGAUUCAAGCGUAAAGUUGCAAGUCUGGAGCAGCUGUGCAGUGCACUGAAGAAUGACAAUCCUGAAAGUCUUUCUCAUACACGUAAAGCGGAUACGUUUAACAUUGCUGACAACGUGGGGGUGGACACAGAUGACACAGCAGUCAACAAGCUGAGUAAAGACAACGCGGCACGAGAACAAAAGCCAGGCAAGACCAGCGAUCCAAAUGGAGAGAUCCCUCCUAGCAACAUAGAUACCAAGGAGCCAAGAAGUCCCAAGCAGGCAACUGAAACUGCAAAAAGCAACUUUGAAAGUGACAGGAAGGAUUUCACUGAUUCAUAAUUUGUCCCCACUCAAAAGUAUUUUUCAUUCCCAAUCAGAUGAUAACAGGGGGAAUUCUCUGUAGUUUUCUUGUAAUAAUGGUAAACAUGCUUCAUUUGUGACGUUGGACGGUUUGUGCAAUAAACAAUUUUUUAGGUCAUUUUAGAUUUUAAAUUGGUUGAUGAUAAAUUUGGUAUUUUAUC